AGUCGUCAGCCAAUAGAAGUCGAAUAAACAAUUCCGUUGCAUGCUAUUCGCAGUCCGCUGCGAGCCAAGGACAUUAUACUAACAGUAAUGUGAUGUGGAGUAUGAAUUGUUGAUGUUUAUAAAGUGAAAUACGGAGUCAAAAAAGUGUUUUUGUUACGUUUUACACCAGUAUUAAUAUGAUUUAUGCAGGUAGAAACAAAUUCGAGUCGCCCGGCAUACCGCCAACAACAGAAGAAAUAGCAACAUUAGAGGACUCUACUUGGUGGAAUAAAAAGCAAUUUAGAAAAUCAAACAAGAAUAGCUCAAAUAGUAACAGCUUCGCUAUAGACACAGAUAAACAGUUCAACAAAGUUUUUGUGGAAGAUGAAGCUCUCAUCAACAAAAAAUUACCAAAAGAGUUACUCUUACGAAUUUUUUCCUACUUAGAUGUUGUGUCGUUGUGUAGAUGUGCCCAAGUUUCGAAAGCCUGGAAUAUAUUAGCCUUAGAUGGUUCGAAUUGGCAAAGAAUUGAUUUGUUCGACUUUCAAAAGGAUGUAGAGGGUCCAAUUAUAGAAAACAUAUCUCGUCGUUGUGGUGGGUUUCUUCGCCAGCUGUCGCUUCGAGGCUGUCAAUCAAUCGCAGAUAGCUCAAUCAAAACAUUAGCUCAAUAUUGUAGAAAUAUUGAAGAAUUAAAUCUGAAUACAUGUAAGAAACUGACAGAUGACGCCUGCACUGCUAUAUCUCGAUGGUGUACCAAAUUACAGAAACUAAAUUUGGACAGUUGCGCAGCUAUAACAGAUAAUUCACUCAAAUCAUUGAGCGACGGUUGCUCUAAUUUAACCUAUGUCAAUAUAAGUUGGUGUAGCAAUAUAAGUGAUAAUGGAGUUGAGGCGCUGGCUAGGGGAUGUCCUCGGUUGAAGAAUUUUGUAUGUAAGGGAUGCAAGCAUAUAACUUCUCGAGCUGUUAUUUGCUUAGCGAGGUUUUGUCCUCAAUUGGAAGUAGUUAAUUUGAAAGGAUGUAAUAAUAUAAGAGACGAAGCAGUACAGUCAUUAGCAGAUAAGUGUCCACGUCUUCAUUAUUUAUGUUUAAGUGGUUGUUCAGCAUUGACGGAUACAUCGUUAAUAUCUUUGGCUGCCAAUUGUCAUCUUCUAUCAACAUUAGAAGUUGCUGGUUGUUCCUUGUUUACCGAUGCUGCCUUUCAAGCAUUAGCUAGAAAUUGCAGAUAUCUGGAGAAAAUGGACUUGGACGAAUGUGUCCUCAUAACAGAUGCCACUCUUAUUCAUUUAGCUAUGGGUUGUCCAAGAAUUGAAUAUUUGACUUUGUCUCACUGCGAAUUAAUAACUGAUGAAGGAAUUCGUCAUUUGUCCAUGUCGCCUUGUGCAGCCGAAAAUUUAACAGUUUUAGAAUUAGACAAUUGCCCUCUAAUAACAGAUGCUUCUUUGGAACAUUUAACUUCUUGCCAUAAUUUGCAACGAGUAGAAUUGUAUGAUUGUCAACUAAUAACUAGGGUUGGAAUCCGAAGACUUAGAAGUCAUUUACCAAAUAUAAAAGUUCAUGCUUACUUCGCACCUGUGACUCCUCCACCAAUACCUGGGGGUAAUCGACCGAGGUACUGUAGGUGUUGUGCGAUACUAUGAGCUUAUUGCUCGUUUGGAUUCCAAGAAGAUUAUUCGCCACAUGCUUAACACUAUCUUGAUCGAAAUUUCUAUAGUGUUGGAGAUCAAGGCUAAUGUAAGCUAUUUUUCCUACACUUUCUUUUUUGGUGAAGUAUAGAUUUGAGGCCAAAAUUGUCAACGAUUGGAACGACUUCAAUAAUAACAAGAGCUUGGAACAAAAAUAAGAUCUUGUGGUAAAUCGCCUUAAGCGGGGUUAUAAAUUUACUGUCGGUAAACAAAAUAUCGAGAACACAAUAUAUUUACAAUGAUAUGAUACUCAUUUAUAUAAAUUUUCGUAUCUACCAUGCUAAGUGUGUAUAAUUUAUUGUUUCAUUAACCCAUGAGGGCCCAAAUAAUUUUUUUCCCUUUUUGUCAACUUCAAUAAUUUUUUUUUACCAACAUGUUACUAAACUAAUACAAAAAUUUCAUUUUUUUCGUAUAUGAAAGUCUAUUUUUAAAAAAACACAUUGCCAAAUGUCAACGUUAGGCAGAUAUGAGUACAGAAUUCCAAAAAACUCAGUGAAAAAAAACUUUUCUUAUGAAAAAUAGGACUACAUUCUAAACAAAGUACUACUACAUUGCACUUUUUACACAUUGUCCUUAUUAUAGAGCAGCAUCAUUGACACCUGUACAUCUUUUUAUUUAUCUGGCACACACUUAUCAGAAUGUGGUCGUAUCUGAUUUGAUCGCUAACAGAUUGAAGUUUGUAAAAAGGUUAUUAAAAAAGAAGUUGUAUGGCAAGUGCUAUUUCUGCUAACAUUGAACCAAAUGGGGGCUGUACGCUUCCAAAAAACUGUUCGUCUUCAGAACCGCAAUUUGUAUUUUUACUCUGGUAAAUAUCACAGCCAACAAGAUACCCGAUGCAGCAUUGAUGCACCACAUCUUAUCGGUUUUCCAUCGGAUGCAUUGCUUAGUUGGAUAUUUUAUCAAUGAUUCAUCAUAGUUGAGGACAGAUUUUUUAAAAAACCUUCAGCAUAUUCAAAAGUGGCCGUAAUGUAGAAAGCUUAUCGUUUAUAUCAACUGCAUUGUUAUUCGCAUAGUAUAUCAACUGUAAAAUUGUGCAAAAUUGAUUUUUGCUUAUUUGAGACCAUAUUAUUGUUUAUAUCACCUUCGGUGUUCCAAUAACUACAUUCCCGGCGAGAAUAUUAUACCCACUAAAAGAAGAGUUCCAAUAAACCAUUUCAGUUCAUCAACUCUAAUGUUUGGAUCAGCAUAGUUUUUAAAAAGUGUCAGCUGUAUGUUGGAAAACAUUUUCAUCGAAAAAUAGCUCAAACAACUUUACAGGAGACAUAGUAUAAUAUUGGUUGUAAUCUGAUUCGAGAAAGGAUUUAAAAGCUGGUCGCCGACAAUUUAACAGCAAUUUUUUAAUAUAUGUAAUAUAUGGUUUUUCUUUAGUGUUGAUAUCGUUGGUCAAAUCUUAUUCAGUAGAACCAACUCUAUGUCCAUCUGUUAAGACCUAUUCCUAAUUGGCCAUUAGGAAGCCUAUCUAUGUUACUAUCAUUGUAAUCUUCAUCCACCGAAUCAUCAUCAGUAAGAGAACUGGGUUCGGGGAUCUCAAUUUAUAUUGAGACCACUGGUAGUUCAUCAGAGUAUGCAAUUUGAAGAGCUUCAUCCAAAGAAAAGCCGCGAAUGAAAACAAUGUGAAAAAUUUGCAUAAUAUCACAUCUAAACUUGUUGUCGUAAGGCUACACAUCAAAAUAAACAUGUGCAGUUGUAAUCAAUAAAUUUUCUUGUAUUUGUGUUUAAUUAAAUAACACAUCACAAAAGUAUGAUUUUUUUUUGGUGAAAAGAGAAUUUGUACCUACUUGAACUUGAAUUCCUUUAACCUGUAGACAAAUAGCUGUUCGACCGCUAUCUUCAACUUGCCGUGAAUAGAGAACACGUUAUACAUAGACAGGACUUGAAAACUUUGUUCAAAAACGGCCCAGUCAGAUUAAUUUUUGCGGUUGAGGUGUAGGGUACUAGAAAUAACUCAAAUGUGCAGGAAAUUCCAAAACUUAUUUUGCAUUUAAAUUUCAAAGCCUCUAAAACAUUAAAAAGUGUAAAAUAUUUUUAGGAUGUUUAAUACUGGUCUAAGCCAAUACUAAAUAAAAAUGGUUUAUAGUUAAGCAUGUUUAUGCAAAACACUCAUUAUUUUUAUGAAAUGAUUAGAACAAAAUACAAAACAGGAUAUUUACAAAACUUCAAAACAUACUCUUACAAAAUUUUUUUUCUUAAAUAAAACAGAUUCAAUCAACAUUUUCACUUGAAUGUCCUGAUUGUUGUGUAGUUUCUUUUUCUUUGUUUCAAAAGUACUUCUGCGAACUGUUUUCAAUGCUUUUUAAUCAAUAUACUUUUUUUAUGAGCAUUUCGUAAAAUUAAUCACAAGAAUAAUCGAAAUUCUUUCGGGCCAUCAACAUGGAACUUACCGCUUCGAUUUGUAGACUAGAUUUUUCAGAUGACCAUUAGGUAACAUAAAUUUUUUCUAAAUCAAAAUGACGAUUGAUUUUAUUAUAAAUAUUCUAGAAUUGAUUCUGAAUCUUUACCGAAUAUUCAAUGAGAAAUUACCAAGUAACAGUUUUUACUUAUUUUAUAAAACUUAAAUAAUUCAAAUUUUCAUAUUACCGGCAAUAAAACGGGAAUGUUUUGGUCAAAACGGGCGUAUGGUCAACCUAGUUAUACACAUCCAAGUGAAUAUAUAUGCUGCCAUCUAUCCAAUACUUUUCUAAGCUUUUUUGAAAUUCGCGCUGUAAAAUUAUAUAUUUACUGUGGCUAUUUGGCAACACUAGGCCUUGAUAGGUUAAGAAUUUAUCAAUGUGAUAACAUUUAACUGGCUCAAUGGUGGAUGUAAUGCUUUUGACUAUCAAAUAAUAGUCGGGAGUAGAGUAUUCGAUCCCGGGAAUACCGGAUUGCAUACAGGCGAUCCCGGGAUUACGAAUAUAAAAUAAAAAUCAUUGUGUCACAUAAAAAUAAUUUUUUUAUAUUGACGAAAUAAUUAAGUUUUAAAAUAUAUAAAAAUCCUAGUCAUACAGAAUGUUGAACCUUAACCUCAAUCUUAACAACUUUAAUCUUUUAAUAAACAAAAUUUUUACCACAUUUCUAUUUAGAAAAAAUAAUGAAAUUGACUUUGUCUACCUACACUCUACAUUAUAGAUCAAUACGUGUCGUGGCGUGACGGUUGGUAGUUGAUAGGAGCGUGCAAGUUUCAUCUCCAAGUUUGCUUUACCAGCUUAUUGCACAAAUAUACAGACGCAGAGUUUUAACUACAAAUCAUUUCUGUUAAUCUCAAUUAAUACGGAAUCAAUUUUCAUCUCAACUUCGUAGUUCUCCAUUCUUUUAGUUAAUGUUAUAAUCUUCUUUUUUAUAAGCUGUUUGAUUAAACUUGAAACCAAUUAUUUGUUACUGUCAUUCCAAUUAUAACUCUUAAUAUGAGAAUUUUGUAAUUCACUCCCUUCUUUUUGCCGACGAACUUUAAUGUGGUCUUUAAUCUACAAGCCAAACGUCAAUUAUUUUUGUUUAAUUAUUGUAACUAUGGGCGUUAGUCUUAGUGUCGAGGAUAGUGAAGAGUUAGCACAAUAUAAAAAGUUACUAUGUAUACAUCAACAAAACGAUAUCCACAAAAAUAUAUAGAACGAAAGUCUGAACUAUACCGCGCGAGUUGAAUCUCUGGUAAUGGCGUAGCUUCAUUAAGAUCGCUUCGUUCUCCUCGAUUCCAAACGUCUCUCCUAUGUUCUGAAAGUAUGGAACAAUGAGGAGGUACAAGUAUAUAGUUAUAUAGAUUUUGCCUAGAAAGUGUAUCAGGUAUAUCGGAGAGGAUUAAUUUAAUUGUAUGGUAUUAGGACAUUACUUGGAAUUUUCUGGUUCAGGUAUUGGUCAGUUGGGGGUGAUUGUGCAGUACUUUUUAUAGUGGCUGGUACUGGAGAAUUCGAGGCAGUCAUUUCCAAGAAUGGACAAACACGUGAACACGUAAUUCUUGCAUUCCCCCUUGGAGUAAAACAACAUGGACAAAAUGGACUCCACCAUACAGCUAAGCACGAUUCGAAGGAAUCAAGAAAGAAGUUUCCACUUAUAUGCCGUGGUUCAAGACAUGGAAUAUCGAACGUAAAGAAGGAAAGUGUGAUGGUGAAUGUUCAAUUAACGCUUUAAAUGUCAUUCUCCCUCUGAGUCGUCCAACAGUGACACCUCUUCAACUUCCACUUCAGGAUGUCCACCAAAUUGGUAGUAUUGGAACGGUAUCUAUUGGUCGUAUUGAAACUGAUGUUUUAAAACCAAGUAUGGUAGUAGUUUUGCCCUGGCCAACUUGACCUCUGUUGUCUCUAGCUCUACCUGGUGAUAACGUUGAUUUCAACCUGGUUUUAUAUACAGUGCAUUAUUAUGCUUUGAUGGUAUGCGAAUAAGCAUUUGAAAAGUCAAUUUCUGUACUUUCAUAAGACUCCAUACUUUACUAGUUGCUGUUGCGACUAUCUGACUUCAGUUAUUUUCGGUUAAGUUUUUUUGUUCGUUUUUCGUUUACUCUGAAUAACUUUUGAUCACGUAAUACAAAUCGCUCUGUGCUCUCUAUGUUCGGCAAACAACAUUAUCAAACGCAACUAUUAACAAUAAUAUUUUGUUGUAAUCUGAGCAUUACCGAAAUGUUUUAACUCCUUCAAUUCUUGUUCCUUUUCACCCCAUCUUACAGUACUUACAAAUAUUAGAAACUAUGUGUACUGAAGUACUUUUUUUGAAAAAAUACUUUUCGUAGUUGUGUUGUCGAUAUUUGAUAUUGCUGUAGAUUUAUUAAGUGAUUUAAAGUAUGUAUAUCAUUUGUAUUUUGUCAAUUAAUUAAUUUUAAUCUUAUUUUUUUUAAACAUAAACAUGUUAUGAUUGUAAUUUCAGUAAAAAACAUUUAUUAUGUGAAUACAAAAAUAAAGAACAUCCACCUCAGAA